AUGCAAGAAGACGAAGGAACUACAGACGACGCCUUGAACUCGGAGUUCGAGAAACAAGACGAGUACAAAAAACAGUAUCACGAAGUGAAAUUCAAAGUGCAAGCACUCGAACCUCCACCAGUUAUCCCACCCAUCCAAGUGGUUCAGGGAGACAAUCCUCAAGUUAUACAGGCUAUUCACCACAACAGACGCUAUAAUUUGCCGAAAAUUCAGCCUCCCAAGUUUGAUGGUGAACUCAAGAAUUACCUCCAGUGGUGGAGUUUAUUUAAACCAAUUCAUGAAGACCAAACGAUUCUCAAAGAAGAGAAAUUCACGUAUCUGGUCCAAGGUAUGGUGGAGGGAUCCAAAGCAGCAGAAUUAGUUAAAAGUUUCCCACCCACACCAGAGAAUUAUGAUGAUGCUGUUGCCAGUUUACGUAAUCAUUUUGGGAAAAAGGAAUUGUUAGUUGAAACGUACGUAAGAGAACUUCUGAAGCUCGUUCUCAGCAAUGCAGUGAACAAUAAAGAAAUUAAAGAGUUGUCAAGUAUCUACGAUCAACUCAAAACGCAGUUGAGAGUCCUCGAGUCCAUGGGAGUAACGACAGACAUGUGUGCUGCAAUGUUAUAUCCACUAGUCGAGUCUUCACUUCCGGAAGAACUUCUGCGUGCUUGGCAACGUCAUUCAUCCACACUGCAGAUUCCAGAUGCGAAAGAGAGAUUGAACAAGUUUAUGGACUUCCUGGAGGCUGAGGUAGAAGCAGAUCAGAGAAUUGACAUGGCUAGGAAGGGUUUCAGCAUCUCUACGUCAACUCAGAGUGAGAAUAAUGAGUCAAAGUCCAAGAAGAAAUCGAAAAGUGAGUCUAAAUCCAUACCAACAGCUGCUGGUCUCCUUGCCACCAAAAGCGCUGCAUCAGCUGUUUGCAUUUUCUGUGAUGGAAGUCAUGAUAGUACAGCUUGCGAGAAAGCUAGGAAAAUGACAUUGACUGAGAGGACUGAACUGGCCAAGAAGAAGAAUGCCUGCUUCAAGUGUCUCAAGACUAAUCACAGCUACAGGACAUGCAGACUCAAGGAUACAUGUGGUUGGUGUGGAAAAAGACACGUGCUCCUGAUGUGUCGAGAAAGAACCGAGAGCAGUGGUGCAAAAGAAACAUCUAAAGUCGAGACGAAAGAGCUUAACCUCGCAAACUUCUCUUCAGAUCCCGAAGUUUUACUCCAGACCCUAAAAGUCAAGAUCGUCAAUGGAAAGGCAGAACGUGAGGUGAGAGCAAUUAUAGACACGGGUUCUCAUCGUUCUUAUGUUCUAGCCACAAUAGCAGAGUCUAUGAAAUACGAGGUCUUGGAGCAGAAAACGAUGAUUCAUUCGCUCUUUGGUGGUUCUCGCACUCAGCCCCAACAACACAACACCUACAAAGUUCGUUUGAAGAGUAUCGAUGAUACUUUCGCUUGUAAUUUUGUAGCCUAUGAUCAAGAAAUAAUCUGUCACAACAUACCCAAAGUGAGCAAUGGCCUAUGGGUUGAAGAGCUACGUCGUAAGUCUGUGAAACUGAGUGACGUUGGAGAAGGUCCCCUACCCAUUGCGCUGCUUAUCGGUGCAGAUGUCGCAGGAAAAUUAUAUACAGGUGAUGUGUUGAAUCUCCAGUCUGGUCUUACGGCAGUUGGUACUCGUCUAGGUUGGACACUCAUGGGGAAGACGCAGCAGAAUGCAGGGCAGAGUGAUUCGGUGUUGUCAACUAUCUCCAUGUUUACUCAAGAAGCCAGUGUGUCAGAUCUUUGGAGUUUAGAUGUCCUGGGUAUCACCGACCCAGUUGAAAAGAAAACCAAGGAGAUGCAUCAGAGAGAAGUUCUCGACAAGUUCAUUGAUACCACAAUUGUCAACGAAGAAGGACGCUACGAGACGCUGCUUCCCUGGAAGGAGACACAUCCACCCUUGACAGACAAUCGGGGCAUGGCAGAAAAGAGAUUAGCAGGUGUGCUGAACAAGUUGCAGUCCAGCAACUUUCUCUCAGAUUAUCAGGAAGUUUUCAACAACUGGCUCGAAGAAGGCAUAAUUGAAAAGGUUCCUGACCAUGAGGUAUCGAAAGACAGUUAUUAUCUUCCUCACAGACCCGUGAUUAAAGAAGGCAGCACCACUAGAAUUCGACCUGUAUUUGAUGCAUCAGCAAAAACUAAGCUGGGAACUUCGCUGAAUGAUUGUCUUCAACCAGGGCCAAAUCUCAUUGAACUUAUUCCUAAUUUACUGAUGAGAUUUCGAGAAAGAAGGAUUGGGAUCAUUGCAGACAUCCGUAAGGCGUUUCUUCAGAUCAGUAUAGGUCCUGAGGAUCGAGAUAACUUGAGAUUCCUGUGGAAGGCAUCCUCAGAUGAACUUGAAUACCAGGUGUAUCGACAUCGAAGAGUUGUAUUCGGCGUGUCCAGUAGUCCAUUCAUACUGGGAGCCACUUUGGACUUACACUUGGAUAGAGCUAUUGCUAGCGAAGACAAUGAAAGUGACAGAGAGAUCCUCGGCCAACUGAAGCAGUCAUUCUACGUGGACAAUUGUGUGACCAGCGUGGACACCCUAGAACGUGCCAAGAGUUUCCAAGAAGUAGCUACGAAAACCCUCAAAGCAGGAGAAUUUGACUUGAGGGAUUGGGAACAUUCUGGUAUGAGUGGAGUGAAAGCAGAGUCCUUCGUUCUAGGUCUGAAAUGGAAUCGAGUGAAUGAUACAUUGUCGCUGGUCUACACAGUCCUCCAGGAACAGCCACCAGAGUUGAUCACCAAGAGAAUAAUCCUCUCCAUCGCACAGAAGCUGUUUGAUCCCUUAGGUAUGAUAUGUUCUGUGUUAAUUUAUCCUAAACUAUUGUUGCAGAAACUUUGGGAUGAACAAUUAGGUUGGGACACAGAAAUGGAUAUCAAAACGAGAGAUUCAUUUACCUCUUGGCUAGAGCAGCUCAACUACCUGAGGGAAUUGAUAAUACCACGAUGGAUUUUUGGUGCAGACAUAGCUGAAGCCUCAAUCUAUCUACACGCAUUUGUGGAUGCCAGUAAUACUGCAUAUGCUGCUGUUAUAUAUGCAAGAGUGGAACUACAUGAUGAGGUUGACGUUCGAUUCGUUUUCGCUAAAUCCAGAGUAGCACCAAAGGGGUCAACAACUAUUCCUCCCCUAGAAUUGCUGGGAGCAACGGUGGGAGCACGUCUCAUGCAUUCUGUUGUUUCUGCUCUCACUGAUAAACAACCAGAGUUACAUUAUUGGACAGAUUCCUCAACAGUUCUUGCAUGGAUUCAGCGUGAUAAACCCUGGGGUACGUUCGUGUGGAAUAGAAUUCAGGAGAUUCGACGUUUGUCAGAGGCAAAGGCUUGGAGACAUCUUCCUGGUACCCUCAACCCUGCGGACUUGCCCUCGAGAGGAUGUACAGCAAAGCAAUUAGUUGAUUCAGGCUGGCACAAGGGUCCAGACUGGCUGCGUCUUCCUCCUGAGCAGUGGCCCAGUACUACAGUAAAUGCAGAUGAAGCCGAAGUCAGUAAAGAAAUUCGAAAAACUGUCAACAAGAGUACUAAACAACAGAAGACACUUGAGAGUAGUUCUACGUGUCUCGUGGCUACUGAGGGUUCCACUGAUCAAAGAGAGGGAGAAACACAUUGGUACUUGAGACGCUUCUCCAGAUACUCCAAGAUAAUUCGUCUUUUCGCUUGA